UUGGUGCUCACCACGCUCAACUUGUUCUUCGCCGGCACGGAGACCGUCAGCUCCACCCUGCGCUACGGGUUCCUCUUCCUCAUGAAGCACCCGGAAGUCGAAGAAAAAGUGCACCAGGAAAUCGACCACGUCAUCGGCCGCAACCGCAUCCCCGCCUGCGAGGACCGGAUGAAGAUGCCCUACACGGAUGCGGUGAUCCAUGAGAUCCAGAGGGUGACGGAUAUCGUGCCCAUGGGGGUGCCGCACACCGUGAUCCGGGACACCCAGUUCCGGGGGUACACCCUCCCCAAGGGCACCAACGUGUUCCCCUUACUGGGCUCUGUCCUACGGGACGCGAAAUACUUCAGCCACCCAGAAGAAUUCAACCCGGGGCAUUUCCUGGACGAGAACGGCCGCUUUAAGAAGAACGACGCCUUCGUGCCGUUCUCCUCAG